AUGAACCCUUUUUCUCUAGCUCUCCUCGUCUUACUAGCUCUGUUGGCUUUCUAUGGGUCCCCGGCGACUUCCACGUCGAGGCACGCUUUUGAUAAUUAUCACCGGCCGGUGCAAAAUGGGUUUCGCGUCAAACUAAUACAUGUCGAUUCAGGCGUCAGUCUAACCAAGUUCGAGCGCACCCAACGUGCAAUAGAGAGUGGAAAGAACAGGAUGAAGAGGCUGAGUGCACCACUAAUGGCUGACCCAUCAGCCGACUACAAAUUCAUGGGGCACCUCGAACCAGGUGGCAAUGAGCUUGUUCUGCCAGUAUAUAUAGGCAAUCCACCUGUAUGGAUGCAGCUGAUACUCGACACCGGAAGCGAUUUGAUAUGGGCACAAUCCCUACCUUGCAAGCACUGUGAUCUCGCGUAUGAUGAUCCACUCUUCUUUGAUCCGAGUAACUCUUCAACCUUCUCAAAUGUCUCUUGCUCCAGCGAACUGUGCAAAUCACUGCCCUACUCCAAGUGCACCAAGGGGUGUGAGUAUCAAUAUGACUACGGAGACAAUUCAACGACGCGAGGCUACAUGGGAACUGAUACAUUCCAGUUUGGGGAUGAUGGCCACUUAGUCCCCAUUCCUCACAUUGGGUUCGGCUGUGGGUUGGACAACCAAGCACUCUUCUUGGAAGAAGCUGAUGGAAUUCUCGGGCUUGGACGCGGGCCGCUGUCGCUCAUCUCUCAGCUCGGCGCGAAGACAUUCUCCUAUUGCAUGGCUGACGGUUAUACAUCUUUCAGUAGCUUCUUUAUGGUUGGGUCUCUGCCCAACAUAAGCAGACCAACCAUCUCUAUCCCUAUGAUGCGAAACCCUUACGUAGAGGAUGUGCCAUAUUACUACGUCUCCAUUGAAGGGAUCACAGUCGGAGACACUCUCAUCCCACUCCCAAACUCCACGUUCGAAAUCAGAAAAGAUGGGACUGGUGGGAUGUUCGUCGACUCGGGUACCACCAUCACGUUCCUGGAGAAGGAAGUUUUUGAGCUGGUGAAAUUGAUAUUCCACUUCAAAGGUGGUGCUGACUUGGAAUUGGAUCCAGAGAGUUAUUUUGUGGAAGAUUUUCCGGUUGGUGCGUUUUGCUUGGCGAUGAUGCCAUAUGAGGUUUUCUCAGUCUUGGGGAACAUUCAAUUGUAUAACAUGUACGUCGUUUAUGAUCUUGAGAAGGAGAUGUUGAUUGUCUCCUCCUCCGGUGGAUGUGGUGAUGGGUAG